CGAGGCGCGCGCACGCUCGCGCACCCCGUCGCCAGUCCCGGAGCCGCUCGCGGCCGGCUCCGCGCCGCAUCGUUGGGUGCAUAGCCUCGUAGCGCGGCGGCCUUUCCGCAGCCGAGCGACAGCAGCGGUUCAGGACAAAGAGGAGUGGACAGGCCGCUGGGCCGGCUGGUGCCAUCAUGUCAGAGAAAGUGAACAACUUCCCACCAUUGCCCAAAUUCAUCCCGCUCAAGCCAUGUUUCUACCAAGACUUUGAGGCGGAUAUCCCUCCUCAGCAUCUCAGCAUGACCAAGCGCCUCUACUACCUCUGGAUGCUGAAUAGCGUAACGCUGGCCGUGAACCUGGUGGGCUGUCUCGCGUGGCUGAUCGGAGGCGGGGGAGCUACCAACUUUGGCCUCGCCUUUCUCUGGCUCAUCCUCUUCACACCCUGCUCCUACGUCUGCUGGUUUCGGCCCAUUUACAAGGCCUUCAAGACUGACAGCUCCUUCAGCUUCAUGGCAUUCUUCUUCACCUUCAUGGCCCAGCUGGUCAUCAGCAUCAUCCAGGCUGUGGGCAUCCCAGGCUGGGGUGUCUGCGGCUGGAUCGCUACCAUUUCCUUCUUCGGAACGAACGUUGGCUCAGCGGUGGUGAUGCUCAUUCCCACUGUCAUGUUCACGGUCAUGGCUGUCUUUUCCUUCAUUGCCCUCAGCAUGGUUCAUAAAUUCUAUCGGGGCAGCGGGGGGAGUUUCAGCAAAGCUCAGGAGGAGUGGACCACAGGGGCAUGGAAGAACCCGCACGUGCAGCAGGCGGCCCAGAAUGCAGCCAUGGGGGCGGCGCAGGGUGCCAUGAGUCAGCCGCACACUCAGUAUUCUGCCACCCCCAACUACACAUACUCCAAUGAGAUGUGAACGAGCCAAGCCUACCAGAAGCUGGCUGGGGGCCGGUGGAACGGGGGCUCAAGCCACACGUAGUGGUGACCAAGCAGGGUUCCCCCUUCCCUUUUUCUCCUCCUCCACUUUGUACAAAGAAUCAGAGUUAUAUAUAUAUAUAUGUAUAUCCUCUCCCCCACACCCUUGGAUUCACGUGGAGCUGUCCCGUGCGGUGAUAGCUGUGUCUGUGUCCCCUUGUGAAUAGUGUGCAGUGAAGGUCUCUGUUGUUGUGGUGCUAGAUGUAUGUUUAGAACUAAACCAGCCCCCCACCCUCCACCAGGCUGCCCCCUCUGACCUUGGCCCAGGGACCCUUCAUGGGGCAGGGGGAGGCAUAGCAGAAGAGCCUGGCCCCCUCCCAAGGGUUAUGAGCUGAAACUUUCCACUUUUGGUCUUACUGGGAAGCAGCAGUAUUUAGAACUCAUGGGGAUGGUAGGGGGGGAGAGUGGAGACCUGCAGAGGAUCUUCUUUUGCUCCUUCUGAUCCAGGUCUCUCCCCGCCACCACCCCCAACCUCCUCCUCCCCUCCUCUCUUCCUGCUGUCAGAUUCCUGUGGUCCCUUCUCCUGCCCAGGGUCUCUCUCUUCUCUAUGUGGCUUUUCUUUGUCUUCUCCAAGGUUGAGUGUCCCAGUUGUAUCUGCUCCUGAGACUGAGCCCCUUCCCAGAUCAAGGAAGCAGACAGGGGAGCUGAGCCUUAGCCCUGAUGUGGGAGGGCCCACAGCCGGAGAUACGGAGCCCACCUGGGUACCUGAAUCCCAGGGGAUGGAAAUGCAAGGCAGCCUCCUCUCUUCCCUGCCUUGCCUUCCCCUCCUUCUCUUCCCAGAGCCCCGUUGAGCCCCGUCUGCCUAUGUCCCGGCUGUGGCCUGAUUCUCCUACCCUACCCCUACUGUGUUCUAGGUGGCAUCUGCCAUCCAUAAGGGCAGAUUCCACUGCCUUCCCUGAAGAGCUGGGUAGUGUCCAGGCAAUUUUCAGGUGUAAAGGUGCAGCUGGAGCAGAGGGUAUGUAAAUAAGUACUGGUCCCUGGGUGUCGUUUGGUUGGCUCAAGCCCACUGGGCAGGUGCUAGGUGUCUCUGAAUGACCACUGGAUUCCUGGGAGCAAUAGCUGUUCUGUUUGGGUCUGAUAGAAGGGAUAGGCUCAGAGGGCUGGUUCUGGAGGGAAGAUCAGAGGAGAAGGCAGGCAGGGCCCGGUGAGAGGGGAUCAUGCAUCCCCCCCACCCCAGCUCACUCUUGGCCAUAGGGCAGUUCUGGGCACUUGAACUCAAGGCCCAGGAAGAAGCACAGGCCCAAUCCUAUGUGGAAGCACAAUGGCUGGAAUGUGAUUUCAGUUUAGGUGGGGUGGGAGGGGAGAUUGUCUGGCUCUUGUUUUUUUUCAAAUCAAGAUUACUUGCUUCCCUCUGCCUACUAGACUUGAUUCUUGGCCCUUCCUCACCCUGUCAGCAACCCCUUUCCUUUCCAGGACAGUGACUGCAGGCCUGUUCUGUCCCAGGCAUUGUGAGAAUGUUGUUGGUAGAGGCCCUGGCUCUCUUGGAGGCCUGGAGGGGAGUGGGUUCUCACCCAAGGAGCAGCUCCCCAUUUCUCACUCACUGCCCCCACCUCCCACCUGGGCUAUUUGGCUUGAAAAACCAAACCCCGCCUGGCCACUCUGGGUGGCUCCAGCUUAGAACCCAACACCUGGAUUUCCAGGUGCCAUCCUGAGCUUUGAGCUCCAGGUACUUCAUUUUCCUGUAAGGGGAGCCAGGGCCUCUGGGAAGUUAUCUUCCUAAUGGUCCCUUAGGCUUGGGCCAGAAUGUGAUUGGCUCUCUCCUCCACCACUUUCUCUGCAGAAAGCAGUUGUCACAGCCCCUAGUACCUGAAAAGAGACCCUAGGUCUAGGUUCUUCCUCCCGUUUCCUUUCUCCCCUCCCAGCCCUCUGGCUCCCUUUCUCUUUGUCUCUCUGGUAACUCCAGGAGGCCUGUGGUCCAGCUGCCAGCCCAGCAUUCUUGACCUGUUGGAUGCCACCUCCAGUCGAUUUCCUGUCCUACCUGCCCUUUCUCUUUCCUGGCUCAGACCUGUAUGGCCAUGCCCUGGCUCUGCCCUUAGGAAGACCUGCUACCUGUGUGUGGCCCAGCUUGUCCAGGCCCUGGGAUGCUGCAUCUCCAGGCAACUAUGCACUUUCCUGGGGAGGGAGCCAGUACAAGAAGUGGGGGCUGGGCACAGAUUCAUCUCUGCUGGAUGGUCUGGCUUGAGGGUUGGGUGGAAGAAGGCCCAGGUCAGUCUGGGAAUCCUCAGGUCUUUGGCCAGCCAGUCACCUGCUUUUGCAUUCUGCUGGUGCCCCCUGCCCCUCUUUGUUUCUGGGAGACACAGACCAUUCUCCAACUGGCAGUUGACCUGCCUGAGCCAAUGUGUCUGUCAGUGGUAACUGAAUGAACCAUAAUAAAGGGGAACAUUUGGCCCUCUGUGUC